GAUGUAUAGAGUUGCGUUCCAUUUAUUGCAAGAUUCGUAUAUUGGUGUAUGCAAUAACCUUUGAAAAAUUGGCAAGAGGUUCAAACGACAUAUAAAAGCGUUAGGAGAAUUUUAGGCGGGACAGUUUUUCCCCUUCCAAUUUGCUUUUUCUUGGAAAAUGGCCGUAGAUGGUACACGAUUGAUUGUGCGCAUGCUCAAAAUGGACACGCAUGCGCGAGUGCCAUCGACGGUACUAUUUGCAAUGUAUUGGAGUGCAUAUACAUAGAAAUUUGUGUAAUGCCGCGUGCCGCAAGAGGGCGGUGAAAUGGAGAUAGGUCAGGGGCUGGGCUUGAAGCGAAUAUGAGCUUUAUGGCACGCGGAGUUGCCCGUUAGAGUUUCAACAGUGGCGUUUUCCGUAUUCACGUGUUUCUGACGGUAUCCAUUACAUCUUCAUUUACUUUCACGGUUUUCCUUAUAUUUUUUCUCCCUUCUUUCAUCCUUUUGCCGUUUCUAAGUUAUAUUCGUUUACGGUAACGUUUACGACCGUGAUACUCCAAAACGACUAAAGUGCGCGGAGGAGGAAACGCAGCGGUUAUAUCCAUACAAUCCAACGCUAACCGAUAAUGUUUCGACGCGUGUUUCUACGAUGGUGAAAGGCGCUUACAUAAUUUUACGCAAGCUAGUUCUUUUCCUUUGGUAAUAAACGCGUGUGGUCUUGUGUGCUACUUUGGACAAAUCGGUUUAAUUUCACUAGUGUCAUACUUUUUAAUGUGUUAAAGCGCGAACAUUAUUGUACGUUCUUACACUUCCUCUGUUGUUUCAGCGUUGCUCCAUUUUUUGGUCUGCCAUCAUAAAUAUGCACAUUUAUUUUCUAUUUAUUUUAUAUUACUUAAAAAAGUGAAAACGUUCAAGGGCACAGACCGAUCAACGAUCAUGGCAUUGCACGGGGAAAACGUAGUAAUGAAUUUGUUUAUAUUUUUUGUAUUUGCUGACCCCGUCGAUGGUUUCAUUGGGCUAAAUCAGUCGGAGUAUACAGCGAUCCCAGCCAGGAAACUUGGAAUUGGUAUUAUUGCUCUAAAGUCUGAGCAGAGUCUUGAAACAAGGUGAAGAAAUUGGACAAACAUUAUCAAAAUGACUGAUCAGCUAGAGCAACAGCAGCAGCAGCAACAACAACAACAACAACAACAACAACAAUCUCAGCAGCAUACAAAAGGCAACGAUGAGCCACGGACAAAUUUAAUUAUUAAUUAUCUUCCACAAAGUAUGACAGAGAAGGAUCUCUACAGCUUAUUUGUCACGAUAGGACCUGUAGAAUCAUGCCGAGUAAUGAAAGACUACAAAACCGGUUAUAGUUAUGGUUUUGGUUUCGUAAACUAUACAAAAGCGGAUGAUGCUUUGACAGCAAUAAAUACAUUAAAUGGUCUGCAGGUACAAAACAAGCGAUUAAAAGUUUCCUUUGCUCGUCCAUCUGGAGAAGAAAUUAAAGAAACCAAUUUAUACGUCACCAAUUUACCUAGAAAUAUCACGGAAAGUCAAAUUGAUGAUAUAUUUAGCAAGUUUGGAAAUAUUGUGCAGAAAAACAUUUUAAAGGACAAACUUACCGGCUUACCCAGAGGCGUAGCAUUUGUCAGAUUUGAUAAACGUGAAGAAGCACAAGAAGCUAUCGCACAACUUCAUGGUACCGUACCGGAAGGUGGAUCAGAAAGACUUAGUGUAAAGAUAGCAGAAGAGCAUGGAAAACAAAAAGCAGCAUAUUAUGCAGGUUGGCAAGCUGGCUACAAUCAAAGUAGAGGAGGAGGAAGCAGCGGUGGCAGCAGCGGCGUUAGUGGUGGUGGUGGUGGUGGUGUAAGCGGAAGCCUCAAUAGCAGCGGUGGUGGAAGAGGACGUGGUGGCAUCGGAGGACCACCAGGGAUGGGAAUGGGUAUUGGAGGUGGAGGAGGUGGUGGACCAGGAAUGCUUGGCAGAGUAACCGGAGGAGGAGGGGGCUUUGGUCGUGGUUCGCAUCACGGUGGAUUUAUCGGAAGUGGAGGAGGCCCUGGUGCUAUGAGAAUGGAAAAAUUACAUCAGCAUCGUUUCAAUCCGAUCGCAAAACCUCAACGUUCUCCGUUCUCAACUCACAUGGAUACAUCGGGACGUCGUGCUGUGAAAUAAACGCGCAUCUGUCGCACGUAUGUUUUGUAUUAAAAAGACUCAAGAGGAGAGAAGAAAGCUGUUAUCCUCUGUCACACCACGUCAUAUAAUGAGAAAAAGAGAGAGAGAGAGAGAGAGAGAGGGGUCGAGGUAAGAAAAGGCUACAACCAUUCGCUAUGAUACUUUCUUGGAUCUCCUUUACAAAGCAUCUUCUUCUUCUUCUUCUUCUUCUAACGCAAUUCAUCGAGGGAUGUGAAUUUGCCGAUUAAAAAUUUGGUUUACCUCACGGAACUAUUAAAAAAAGAAAAAAAAAAAAAUCAACGGAACGCGCGGAAA